AUGGUUACCUCAACACCCUAUUAUACUCUAGGGAAUAGCCAAGCAGAAACGUCAAAUAAAGUUGUGAUUGAAAUUAUUGAAAAGAUGAUAAAAGACAAGCCGAAGCGUUGGCAUGAAGCCCUUUCAGAAGCCUUAUGGGCCUAUAAAAACUCAAAAAGGACAAGUACAGGGACAACUCCAUAUCGGCUAACGUUUAGUCAUGAUGCAGUGUUGCCGAUGGAGUUAAAUGUAAAAUCGGUAAGGAUUGCCUUGCAACAUAAUCUCAUACCUGCCGAUUAUAACGAAGCUAUGCUUGCCGAGUUGGAAGACUUAGAUGAAGUCCAGAAACUUGCUUUGGAUCACCUUAUGGUGCAUAAUGCAAAAGUCAUGAGGGCUUACAAUAAAAGGGUGAAGUUCAAGUCAUUUGCAGAGGGCGAUAUGGUUUGGCAAAUAGUUCUUCCACCUGGAAAGGUCGAUAAGGUCUAUGGCAAGUGGUCACCUACUUGGAAAGGUCCAUAUUUGGUUCAUUAA